AUGGACAGAUGGCUGCUGCCAACCGUCGCACUUGGUAAUGAAGGGUUCAAUAUAAUCACCAAUCUGGUAGGCCCCCCGCUGCUGGAGGCUCUUGGUGGUCACACGCCCGGCGGAGGCACAGAAGCUCUGAGCCUCAAGGUCCCCGCCCAGCAGGUGGUGGAGGCCGGCGGCAGCGUACAGGUCGAGUGUCGCGUCAGCCUCGGGCCCUUGCAAGACAGGGCCGUCAAAACCCUCAGGGUCAGGAUGAGGGAUUACUUCUUCUCCAUCUCCGGGGCUCGAGGGGGAAAAGGAUGCAGCGUUGCGAGCUUCAUGGCUGCAGCGAUGCUUGCUGCCGCUUGUCUAUACUUCAACAUCAGCUGAAGCUUUGUCAGCUGUGGAUUGAUGGAAUAAUUCCACAGUCCUGUACAAAAUUGUGGGAGAGUUACGUAAAGGUUUGUAAAGCGAGAUUAAUUCAUAUCCAAUAACCUAUGCAAAUAAAAAACUGGAAAAUUCGUUAUGAUUAUAUGAAACGGCAGAAAACGAGCCAAAGCUUAUAGAAAAUCACUUUACUUCCCCACAAUAGUAAUAACCGUUCUGUGCACCGAUUACAUUGAUAUUAUAACAAAUGUAGUGAAUUAAAGAGACAGUAGAAUAUUGAAGUUAAAUAGCGCAAAUGAGCGUUUUGCAGUAGCUUGAUUGGCCUUACCUUGUAGGAUCCCGCUAAAUAUUGAUAUUUAGGUAUGUAAGUGAACUUUGUUGAAAUAAAACUACGAAUGGAUGGAGGUAAAUAUAUCAAAGAAUUAAUGUCACGAAAUUUUUCAACCCCAUUAAAGCGCCGUUUCAUUAAAUCAACAGAAUUAGAUGCCAUGGCAUCUGAAUUCAUCUUCCUCCACGUGGCCUGUUCCCUGUCGUGAUAGUAACAGUAGAUAAUGAGUUUUAUAAGCCCUAUACAUAUAUUUAACUAUCGUUUUGUGUUUUGUACCAAAAGUUUAUAGAUGCGGAUAUUUUUAUUAACCACAAGUAUGAUAGAAUUAGGACAGUGAUUUAUCCUUCCAAAAAGUGUGUGCAGUUUGUUUGAGGUUGUCAAUUGAAUGAAAUUUUGCUAGGUAAACAUUCCGUUCAGAAAUAAGAUUAAUAUUUUUUACCCUCUGGUUAACAAAUAUUUUCUAAUUAAUGAGCUUUGAGCUGUAAACACUCCGAUGAAGUAUUGCAGUGAGAAUUUAGUUUCUUCUGAAUCCAAAAUAAUCUGAUUUUUUUUGUGUUUUUUGGGAUCUAAUGACAACAUUUUCUGUUUCAAACCCCAAUGAUGGUCGUACUUUCUUUUUAUUUCGCAUUAAGUAAUGCAAUAGUUAUAACGUAUGUUGAUAUUUCUUUUGUCUCGACUUCAAGAAAACUUUGUUGCUUUUUUAGAGGCAUACUCGAUACUUUAUGGACUUUUUUACUUCCGCUUAUCCUUUAUAUCGGUCUCAUGCACGGAUGUAGUCCUCAAUUAUUUAAAUAUAUAAAUUUUGAAAUUGAUGCGAAUCCUUGUCAAUGUGCAUGGAGAUGAUUGAAACACAGAUUUUUUGAUUUGAUGCGGCAAAGUCUAUUGAAAUGGAAAUAUCGAUUUAAUUAUUAACUAAAACAACGAUUGAUUCCAAGUAGUUAGCAAUUGUUCGUUAUCACAAGAGCUGAGAAAGUGAGAUAUAACGAAUUAAAUGGCAUUUUCUUUCAAGAUAGAGUUGGCAGCUGCCAAAAUAUUUAAUCUUUGAGCUCAAGGACGUCAUGAAUAAAUUUGCUUACGUUUAAUUUUAAUCAACUAUACUUCAUAAAUAUGCAUGUGUUGAUGACUUUUUCCUCCUACUUUCUCUGUAAAUUUGUUACGAAUUUCAAAAAGCGACAAUAUAGCGCCUGAAUAACUGGAACGUGGACCAGUCACAGUCCUGUGUGUCACAUAGCUGCCGCCCUGAAGAUAUAAUGAAUUUAUUUAUCAGUUUUAUCUAAGCGACCGACCAAACUGAUGCGCGGUGUCACCAGUCUUUUGACGAAUUAAAUGUAUCUUCCGUGAACUGAAUUAUUUUAAAAUACCUUAUUUGAAAUCGUGACUUUACUUCUUUGCUUCUCUUAAUUAUUCUUCGGCACUUCUCCGUUCCUUGUGUUCAUAUUUUAUUCUCGUGAAUGAUAUUUUGGUAUAUUUUCUUCCCGUGUAUAGCGUUGAGGAGAUCACAGGUUCCGAACAAUCAAUCCUGGUCCAAUUAUUGUUCGAAUAUUUUAGUGUGUCUGUUUCUAAGAAAUAAAUAGUUUUUACUGUUCGAAUAUUUUAGUGUGUCUAAGAAAUAAAUAGUUUAAUGUGAGUAGACGUAGCAGUUGAAAGACAUUAUCUAACUCCUAGAUGCUCGUUACAACCCAAGUUCAUCAGUGCUACACAACCUCUCAUUUGGGACAUUAGUAGUUUCAAUAACCUUCCAUUCCUGUGUGAGCAUUUUAGAAGUUACUCCUGUAUUGCCUCUAAGAUUAUUAACGAAAAUUCACACUUCCUGUGUCAGUGAGAGGGAGCUGUUGAAAAAAGUUGAAUUCCUAAUAAAUCGUGCAAUAGUAAAUUUUGCUGAAUACUCUACACUAAAAAAUAGAAAGCGCCUCCAUACAUUUAUCAAUAAAAUUUGACCUGCUUCAUGAGUGUAUUGUAAAGAAAAUCAAAAUUAAUUCAAUAGAACAUUAAAAAUUAUUCAAUAAUUGAAUUUUUAUUUGUAGACGACCCAUGAAAAUGUGUAGUAAUGAAGAUAUAUAAGUUUAUCGAUAAAUUCUGCAGCGUAAACCAAUACAAAUUUGCAAAGAUUACCGAAACUAAGUUCAAAUGCUAAAUGGUUAAUUGGUUAAUAUUUGAAGAAAAAAUGCAAUAAAUAAUUAUAUUUAUGUGCUGCGGAAAACUUAUUUCAAUCGUGAGCUGACUUUAAUUUAUUUCAAAUCGGGCAAAAAUCUACUGGCCUGUAUUAAAAUACAACGUGUGCGUAAUGGAGUGUUUCAAUCAAAUGCGUUUUCCAUCCGAUGGAGCAUUCUCCCUUUCGGCGUUGAAAUCGAUUCAAAUCAUUCAAACUGUCCCGCCGCUUGGAAAAUUCUCCACAUAUAUGCACCAGGGACCGACGGGCUAGAAUAUUUUAACUCAUUAUUUGGGAUGUCAACAAUGCAACAUCCGUGUUCGAUUUCUCUGCUCACGUGAAGAAUUAGUUCUAACGAAAGUAUUCUCAGGUAAAUGUACACUAAUUAAUUAUCUAUUCUCCUCAUAUUUACCUAUACCUUCUCUAAAUGUCUGACAUUUAAAUCUUGCAAGGCCGUAUUUCAGAAAUAAUAUAUCUCCCGUUGUGAUCCGUAAGUCAACCUACAUGGGCUACAUCACACCAGUACAAGGUAAUGAACUUUGAGUUAAACUUUAAUUAUCAUUCAUUUCAUUCAAACUAAAUGCAUUUUGACGUUUUGUAAACACAAAAUGAAUGCUAUUAUAUAUUAGAUACAAUAAAUCUAUUACAGUAAAAGAAUGAAUGACUUUCGAGGGCAGAUGACCAGAUUGUGUGACCCUCUUUAGCUGAUAAGGAUAUUGUCGAACUAACACAUUGAUAGUGAAAUAUAGUGUAGAGGCUUCACAGUAGU